CAGGGGGUGUGUCUAAAUGAUUAAGGGAGAUUAAGGUCAUAUAUUAGAGCUGGUGUUACAAAAGAGAAUAGCUGCAAAACAGCUCUGGACUCCUGACGGCUCAUAACAGGUGAACCAAACAGAGAAGUGAAUGAUGCUCUCCAUCAUGGGAAUAAAAGAGAAAAUGUUUUGUUUCUGUGCACAGAUUGUGAUCUUAACCCUGGUAGCAUGCACUUCCUCAGUUCAGUCCGGAUCCCUGUUUUGCGCUCAAUCUUCCUCACCCCAAACACCGACUUCUGUUCAUUCUCUGAGGCCUGCUGAUGUGUCUGUGAUAUCUGCUCUGGUUUUGACUGAUUUGGAGAGAUCCGAUGAAAUUAAAGCCCUGAACACACUGUCAGAAAUAUUCUUCACCUUUAACCCUGAUGUGUCUUCUUUUGUACCUGAGCAGAGGAGCAUCAUGGAUCAAACAGAGAGCAUCACACAGUCCCUCAGCUCCACUCAGGUAAACACAAGCAUACGAAAGCGCUCAAGGAUCUUUCCACAAACAUGGUUCAGGAUCCAACUUUACUCCAUAUGUAUUAUCUGCAUCUCUUUGUUCCUCUCACAGCUUGAGCCCUUAGGUAAUAAGACAGACAGUCAAGAUUUUACUUCUGGUAUUGCUAUGAAAUGCCCUGAUGAGUCCACCCCUUUUUUAAGGACCUACGUCAACAGCGAUUACACAUACGAAACCCCGCCUCCCACUCCUUCACCGCCCACUGACUGGGGAAGUGAUUUCUCUUGUGAGGACACAGAACCCUCUGAAAGUGUGCCAACAUCAGUUCACAGACUGCGCCCAGGUGACAUUAACGUAGUCGCAGCUCUGGGAGAUUCGCUUACUGCCGGCUUAGGCGCCAAGGCUAAAAACAUUCUGCAGUUAUUAAAUGAAGAGCGAGGGGUUUCAUGGAGCAUUGGUGGAGAUAAAACAUUGGAAACGGUUACCACAGUGCCAAACAUCCUUAAGAAGUUCAAUCCAGAUGUUUUCGGCUUCUCAAGGGGAAAAAAUAAGCUAACAAAAGGCUUCAAUGUGGCAGUGUCAGGAGCCAAAGCAAGCAAAAUACCAGAGCAAGUGAGGGAUCUAAUCACAGCUUUAAACAGUAGUAAUAAAGUGAACUUUGAAAAGGAUUGGAAGCUGGUGACACUGUUUAUUGGGGGAAACGACCUUUGCCAGUACUGUCAUGACCGGGAUUCUCUGUCUCCUCAGAAGUACAUUGGUCACAUCGCUGAAAGUCUAGACAUUUUAUACAAUGAGGUGCCUAGAGUGCUGGUAAAUUUUGUGCAAAUCUUAGAGAUCAAGGAUCUUCGCUUAGUAAACAGAGACACUUUGGGAUGCAGCCUCGUGCAAGAGAACUUGUGUCCAUGUUUUCUGAAGCCGGGUGAGAACUCUCCAGAACUGAGUGAAAUGAGGAAGAUCAACAGGGAUCUCCAGACGGAGACUGAAAGGCUGGUGUAUGGGGGUCGGUAUGAUGGACGAGAGGACUUUGCAGUGGUGUUGCAGCCCUUCUUUGAAAACUCUGUUAUUCCAAUGACUGCGGAUGGCACACCUGACCUAAACUUCUUCUCUGUGGACUGUUUUCAUUUCACUGAACGUGGACAUGCUGAAAUGGCCAUUGGUCUCUGGAACAACAUGCUGGAGCCUGUGGGGAGUAAACAAACCUACAAUAAUUUCACACACGAUCGCAGUAAGAUCCAUUGUCCCACAAAGGAGCAUCCUUUCAUCUUUACACGGGUAAACAGUGUGAGUGGCGACUCUGGAGUAUCGACCACUGCCGUACCCACUACGGUGGCACCGGGCACCCCUGUCCCUCUAAAAUGUUCCAGUGAUUCUAUACCGGCCUGGGCUGCUGCCAUUCUGGCUGUGGCAGGCUUGCUGAUGGGUUGGGCCAUAACAUGGAUCUUCUUCUACUACAGAGAACGAAGGAACCGAAAAGGAAGCCAGGACGCCCAUGAAACAGAAAUGAAAGGAACCUCGCUCUGAUAGGAUUUUAAAGGGGCCAUGGCAUGAAAAUCUGAAUUUUUCCAUGUUUAAGUGCUACGAUUGGGUCCCCAGUGCUUCUAUCAGCCUUGAAAAUGUGAAAAAGAUCAACCCAGUAACUUAGUUUUGGUAAACCAUUCUCUACAAGCACAUGAAAAAAUAGGUUGUUGAAAUUUGGCUCUCCUUAUGAUGUCAUAAGGAGCUCUUAUUAUAAUGAUACCGCCCCUUAAUCUGCACUAUCCAACCACAGCACUGCUAUUUAGUGCAGAGAAAAGCACAAUUGAGUUUUAAUUGCAACAAACCACCAUUUGCAUUUUAAAGGACACACCCAAAACGGCACAUUUUUGCACACACCUACAAAGUGGCAAUUUUAACAUGCUAUAAUAAAUUAUCUAUAUGGUAUUUUGAGCUAAAACUUCACAUAUGUGCUCUGGGGACACCAAAGAUUUAUUUGACAUCUUAAAAAAGUCUUGUGGCAUGGCCCCUUUAAGGAAAAUGUAUAUCAGACAACACAAAUGUUCAUUUGUAAAUUAAUUUAUUGUUGUAAAUUAUUUAUAUAAGAAUACUAAUGACUACAUAAUGCACUGACUAAGGCCCUGGUUAUCUGACCAUAAGCAAUAAAGCUUAACUGAUUGUAUAGUGAGCCAAACCUUAAACGCACAUUAUUAAUAUCAACACAUAUUUGUGUAAUGUAAUAGUAUUCAGUCAUCAGAGUACAAUUUCAUAUUAUUUUCUAAAUAUAUAUAAUUUAUAAAUAGUUUA